CGGCGCGGGGCAGGCAGGAUCCUCGUGGUGACAGAACUCUCCAGCCAUUCCUGAAGCUGAUGGUCAUUCCCAUCCUGGCCCACUCAAGGUUUUCAGGAUGAAUCUGGAAAAACUCAGCAAACCAGAACUACUGACACUCUUUAGCAUUCUAGAGGGAGAAUUAGAAGCAAGAGAUCUUGUCAUAGAGGCCUUAAAGGCCCAGCACAGAGACACGUUCAUCGAGGAACGCUAUGGCAAGUACAACAUCAGCGACCCACUGAUGGCUCUGCAGAGGGAUUUUGAGACCCUGAAAGAGGGGAAUCAUGGUGAAAAACAACCAGUGUGCUCCAAUCCUUUAUCUAUUUUGAAAGUGGUGAUGAAACAUUGCAAGAACAUGCAGGAAAGAAUGUUAUCCCAACUGGCUGCUGCAGAAAGCAGACACAGAAAGGUGAUCCUGGACCUGGAGGAGGAGAGGCAGCGGCACGCCCAGGACACGGCCGAGGGGGACGAUGUCACCUACAUGCUGGAGAAGGAGCGGGAGCGGCUCACCCAGCAGGUGGAGUUUGAAAAAUCCCAAGUGAAAAAGUUUGAGAAAGAGCAGAAGAAGCUGUCAAGCCAGCUGGAGGAGGAGAGGGCACGCCACAAGCAACUGUCUUCCAUGCUUGUAGUGGAGUGCAAGAAAGCCACUGCCAAAGCAGCUGAGGAGGGGCAGAAGACAGCAGAACUGAGCUUGAAACUGGAAAAGGAGAAGAGUAAGGUGAGCAAGCUGGAAGAGGAGCUGGCAGCCAAGAGGAAGCGGGGUUUGCAGAUGGAAGCACAGGUCGAAAAGCAGCUCUCGGAGUUCGACAUUGAAAGGGAACAGCUGAAAGCCAAGCUGAACAGAGAAGAAAACCGUACAAAAGCACUCAAAGAAGAGGUGGAAUGUCUGAAGAAAGCCCUGAAAGAGCUGGAGGCUUCUCAGCAGGAGCACAGUCCCUCUGAGCCUUUGCAGCCAAGCCCCUCGGUGGUGUCCAGGGGCGUCACAACCGACAGUCCCCCGGUGAAGUCUGUGUCUUGCCAGACCGAGUGUCUGCAGGCAGAGAGGGCAAACCCUGCCAGCACAAGCAAAGCUGUUCACAGCAUGUUUCCCAGCCCCUCUGCACCAGUUCACUCCUAUGCAAAAUCCAAUGGGCAUUGUGACCUGGAUGGGCAGGCAGGUGGGGAGCCCCUGCAGACACACCCUGCAGAGAGCCAGGCUCAGAGGGAGAGAUCUGCUGGUGCAGCCUCGGAAAGCGCGGUGGAGAACGGGAGCUCUCCCGUAAGAACGGAGUCACCGGUGCACCUGAUGUCCCAGCACCCUGCUGGGGGGGUCUCCCUGUCUCCCAGCAGCACAGCUGGGUCCUCCCUGACACCUUCUCCCUGCUCCUCACCGGUGCUGACCAAGCGCUUGGUGGGAGCCUCAGCCAGCAGCCCUGGCUACCAGUCCUCCUACCAGGUGGGCAUCAACCAGCGCUUCCACGCAGCCAGGCACAAGUUCCAGUCCCAGGCAGAGCAGGACCACCAGUCCAGUGGGCUGCAGAGCCCCCCCUCCCGGGACCUGUCCCCCACCCUGGCAGACAACUCAGCAGCCAAGCAGCUGGCCCGCAACACGGUCACUCAGGUGCUCUCCAGGUUCACCAGCCAGCAGGGCCCCAUCAAACCCGUCUCCCCCAACAGCUCCCCCUUUGGCACGGACUACCGAACCCUGGCCAGUGCUGGGAGCCCCAAAACCGAGGCUGGGCACUCCCCCAGCCCUGUCAAGGUGUCCAGCCCUCUCAGCCCGUUGUCUCCCGGGAUUAAGUCGCCGACCAUUCCUAGAGCAGAGAGGGGGAACCCUCCGCCCAUCCCUCCCAAGAAGCCUGGCCUGGCUCAGUCACCUGCUGCUCCUGCUCCUCUCACCAAAAGCCCUGCCCAGGCGUCCCCCCUGGGGGCCCCCAUGGACGUGGCAAGCAGCUGCUCCAACAACGCUGUCGUGUCGAAUGGCAAAGACCUGGAGAUCCUCCUGCCAACCAGCAGCUAG